GCAGAUUUAAACUGAGUGUGUCUGAGAGAAGGUAGAACCAGGAUCUGUCAGGAAACACGUUAGAAACGGGAUCUAACACAGAGAAGGUUAAAUCCAGGAUCUGGUUGAGUGAAAGCCUGGAUCAGAAAAUGGAACUGAAGCAGGUGAGUGAUGCACAUCCCUCUCCUCCCUCCUCCUUCUCCUCCUCCAUCACCAUCCUCCAUCAGCAUCCUCACCCCCAAUCUCCUCUAUGCAGAUCCUCAUCCUUGCGCUGUGCCUGGGGACCUGCAGGGCCCGUUGCCAUAAUGAGAGCAAGCUGGAUGAGAAGGCUCACAAGUGGCUCCUAAAGCACAACCCAUGGCCCGCGAGCCCCACAGCCUCAGCGGACACCUCCAACUCCUGCCCGCUGAGCCUCUACCAGAAACUUCCCUCAUUGGCUGUCAACGAUCGCUCCGUGUCUCCCUGGAAAUACGUAACUGUAAGCAAACCCGAUUACUACCCUCCUACGUACACUGAGGCAAAGUGCCUCUGCAGCGGAUGUAUCCUGGUGCACCAGAACGGUUCAGUGACAGAGAACUUCGACUACAACACCAAGCCCCUAAUGCACAAAUCUGUGUUCCUGAAGAGAGUCAAAUGCAAGAAAGGAAAGUACCGUCUGGUGCCGGAGAGGUUGGAGGUGUCUGUGGGGUGCAUCUGCGUCAGGGCGAACACAGUGCAGUCGUAAACUCGAAGCCCCACUCCCACCAACUCCUGCACACCUGGAGCUCAUAGUGGCACCACCUCUGGACUCUGGGUAGUGAUGCAACCGGUUCUACUGGUGCAGUUUGAUCCAGACUUGUGGCAGCCACUUCUAAGUACCUAUUUAUUGUCUAUUUAUUUAUCUAUCCAAACUGUAUUUGUUGGUCUUUCUCAAAGAUAGUGUGAAGCUCUGCAUAG